AUGGACCUUAGUUGCACUCUUCUUGACGCUAUUCUUGAGCCUACUUUCGUCUUCCGGAGUACCCAGAUCCUGUCAGCUGAAGCCCUUUUGUACGAGGACUGUCCAUGGGAAUUCUCUCCACUGAAUCCGAAGAAUCGACUUUGCUCCUUGGCUCAACUCAAAGCACCGCAAAGCUGGCGUAUCGACGGCGGAACCAGCUAUGGAACCCGGUUUUUCACCGUUCCUACCAUCUUUCGCAGCGGGUGGGCUCCUCUCCGAAUUGAUACUUUCAUACCCGAUCAAACGAAGCACCCAUUAGCUCUGCGCUCUGUACUACAGUCCAGCCACUCGGUUUGCACACGAGGGUCCCAGAUAGGCUCACUCGGCAUUUCGCAUCACAUUUGCAAUGCACUGGAUUACCAUUUCCGGAAGGACCUCCAGCUCUGGGAUCGCAUUCAACAUCUGCCUUUUGGUUCGAGACUCGUCUUCGAGAACGUUACAUCAGAUGUGAAGGACAUGACGCUCCGGAUCAUCCCUGCCUAUGAACUGGAAAUGCAGCUCCUUUCUGUUCAAGCACUGAAAGCACUUUGGGCCGAUGAUGUCGCCGAUGAUGCAUGGCCAGACAUCAUCCACUUGGACAGGCUUGUUCAUCUGCGACAGCUUCAUGAUUCAAUAACUGUCGUGCGCCUUCAUGGAGACAAGGAGGACUAUGUUUUCAAAUCAACCACAAGCGAUCCCAAGUUUCUUUACCACGAGCUCAAGCUGCUUCUCACAAUCCCCCCGCAUCCCCAUAUCGUUCCUCCACCGCUAUACAUCGUUGUCAAGAAGUCGUCUUUCGGCGGUAAGCUGGGUGUUUGCGGAUUUAUUCUGCCUUACUACUCCGGAGGUUCGUUGCGUGACAUGGUUCCUCGCAUGGCACUCACCGGGUCUUUGGAUUUGCAAACCAAAUGCAAAUGGGCACGCCAGAUAAUAUCAGCCCUGACCCACUUACACGGCACCACGGCCGGCUUCUACUCAGACCUGAGGCCCGACAACAUCCUCCUGAAGUGUCCGAGGUCCUCCACAAGCGAGAGCGAAGACGUCGUCCUCGUCGACUUCGAGCAACGCGGCAACUGGAACUCCUGGACGGCACCGGAAAUCACGUCACUCUCAUAUCUUCAGGAACUGAAGAGCGCGGCUUCCAAUGCGGCAGAUGACAACGAAUGGCUCAGACUUCUCCGUUACGCACACCUUCUACCCCGAGACGAUUUUGAAGUCCGACAUCGAAAAUAUAGAAACCAAGGGCAUGGGUCCAACACCAUUUGGUUCUCGCUUUCACCCGAAGCAAAAGUGAGCGCCGAGGUUUAUUCACUGGGCCUUUUGCUGUACUGCAUCUUUGAGGAGCUGAGCAACCCGAGAAACAACCUUGCCACUUCCUUCGAUAUCGAGCCGCGAAUCGAGUUCCCAGAGUUCAAACUGACUCCGCAUAGCCUGAGGCAAUUCGUCUUGAGGUGCGCAGGGCAGGGGUCAUCAUGGAAUGCCACAGGCACGGGCGGCACCAGCCUCUACCGGCAAGGAGAUAAAUUGGUAUUGAGACACAAAGGCCAAAACUUCCCAAGACUCCCCCCAACUAAACUACUCGGCGAGAUUUUAGAACUGGUGAAACAACAUUGGGAGGCAGAACUGGGAAAGACCGAGGCGUUUCUGAAAAGCUUGGAAAAAGAGGUUCAACUGGAGACCAGACCUUCGUUGCAGGAGGCCAUGGAGAUUCUAGACGAGCUGGAUUGCUGA